UUCGACAGCGACCCUAGACUGGGUGGUAGUGUGCCAAUCACAAAUCGGUAUUUGUGUGGUGGAUGAUAGGCCCGAUAAUCGCUACCUCGCGUAUUCGCUCAGUCAUAUUGAUCACUGCAUUGGAAUGCACUGAUAGCGCCGAACAUGAAUUUCUUUUAUUCUAUUUCAGAUAUUCGACCUCUUCAGCCGAAGCUGUCGUAUUCUCAGAUCGCACUGUGGAACGAGGUAAUGGCUCUAGGCCGAUGAGGGAGAUGGAGAGAUUAUUCCUGAUGAUUAUUUUCCCCAUCUCCCUCAUCGAAAGAAGUUAUGUACGCUCACAUUUUGUCCAUCUUCUGCACAUUCAGUGCUCUACGUGGCCGCUCUGCUAUGCCUCGUCCAUCAACAAGCCCUUACUUAUCAAUUGUACGAGAAGCAGUGUUAUCGCGGAAUCUGUGUGGAUGAGCCUGAGCCUGAUUCUGAGGGAAAAACUUCUUCAAGAAAUUCUUCUCUCAGAAUCAAGAAUCAUGCAAAGAUCACAAUCCAGCUACUCAUCACUGUAGAGUCGCAAUGUUAGGACUGUCACCUGCAACCGUCGAGGCUGUUUGUGCGACUUAUCCGCCAGAGUGGCAG